GAUUUUGGGUGAGAUUCAUGCUUUCUUCAACAAUGAGGAAUGAAGAAAAAGAAGUUAUUGAACAAUUUGAACCGAUGUUUAUAUUACAGUCAUUCUACUUCGAGACGGUGCUUAAAUUUUUAAGCUAGUAAGAUUCAGAGAAACAAUGGCGGUGGGGGAGCUCUUUCUUGCUGCGUUCCUUCAAGUGUUAUUUGACCGAUUGGCUUCACCCGAGUUGCUGGCCUUUGCACGCCGAGAGCGACUUGAAAAAAAGCUGGACAAGUGGCUCAAGACGUUGUCAACGAUUCAAAAGGUGCUUGAUGAUGCAGAGGAGAAGGAAUUACAUGCUGAGGGUGCUGCAGUAAAAGAGUGGCUGGAUGAUCUCAAAGACUUGGCCUACGAUGUGGAGGACAUCCUUGAUGAGUUUGCCACUGAAGUUUUGCGACGCAAAUUGAAGGGUAAAAAUAAGGCAAGUACUAGUAAGGUACGGAAUCUCAUCCCUGCUUUUAGUGGUUUGACUCCUAGUGCUAUUAUGUUAAGAUCUAGGCUGGAGUCAAAUAUCAAGGACAUCAGUACUCGAUUUGAAGAUCUAGCGGCACGAAAAGAGAAACUCAAUUUGAGACAAAAUGUUGACAGGAGGUCAAAAAAAAAAAGAGGGACAGUACUGGCCCCAACUUCUUUACCGAACGAAGUUGUUUACGGCAGGGACGGAGAUAAAAAAGCUUUACUUGAUUUAUUGCUGAGUCAAGGAUCAAGCGAUAAAGUCUCUGUGAUUCCUAUAGUUGGUAUGGUGGGUAUUGGAAAGACAACCCUUGCCCAGUUUGUAUACAAUGAUGAAGAAGUCAAAAGUUUGUUUCAUCUUAGAGCUUGGACUUGCGUUUCUGAAGAUUUCGAUGCUAUUAGGAUCACGAAAGCAAUCUUAAAAUCUCUUAGCCACGGAAGCAAUGAUGAUGAUGAUGAUCUAAAUUUUUUCCAAUGCCAACUAAAGGAGGCGUUGAAAGGGAAGAAAUUUCUAGUCAUUCUGGAUGAUCUUUGGAAUGUGGAUUAUCAUGAUUGGACAAUCCUACUUGCUCCUUUCAAAGCAGGCGCUCCAGGAAGUGUAGUUAUUAUCACAACUCGCAAUCGAGAUGUUUCAAAUAGUACAGGUACCACUGAAGCUUACCAGCUGGAUUUGUUGUCAAAUGACGCUUCUGUGUCCAUAUUUACCCAACAUGCCUUGGGGGUGGAAGACUUUUCUUCGCAUGCACACCUCAAAGACAUUGGUCUGGAAAUCGUUCGAAAAUGUAAAGGCUUACCUUUAGCGGCAAAAAUACAUGGAGGCCUCUUGCGCUCAAAACAAGACCGUGAUGACUGGGAGGAAGUAUUGAAUAGCGAGAUAUGGAAUAUUUUAGAGGAGAAAAGUGGAAUUGUUCCAGCUCUUAUGUUGAGUUACUACCAUCUCCCAUCGCAUUUGAAGAGAUGCUUUGCGUACUGUUCCAUACUCCCUAAAGAUUAUGAAUUUGAGGAGAAGCAGGUGGUUCUAUUAUGGAUGGCACAAGGGUUGAUUCAACCACGACACAAAGAAGAGGAAAUGGAAGAUUUGGGCGCAAUUUAUUUUCGCGAUUUGUUAUCAAGGUCAUUUUUCCAACAAUCCAGCAACAAUAAAUCUCGUUUUGUGAUGCAUGACCUCAUCAACGAUUUAGCUAAAUCGGUUGCUGGAAAAACUUGCCUUAAAAAGACUCGCCAUUUGUCUUACCCAUGCAACCAUUGGGAUGGUUUUAAAUUUCCUAGGGUGCAUUAUUUGCCCAGUAAUGGUCCUCUUCAUUUGUUGCUGAAAUUAAGAUGCUUAAGGGUGCUCUCUUUGAAGCGUUACUGCAUAACUGAGAUAUCGAAUUCAAUUGGUGAUCUGAUACAUCUACGGUAUCUUGACCUUUCUCACACUUGGAUCACCAGCUUGCCUGAGUCAACAACCAAUCUUUACAAUUUACAAACAUUGUUGUUGGAAGGUUGCGCAUAUCUAGAGAAACUACCUUCAUCAUUUGGGAACCUGUUCAACUUACGCCACCUCAAUAUUUUACAAGCAAGAUCACUAAAAGCAAUGCCUUUGCAUUUAGGCAAAUUGACUUGUCUUCAAACGUUGUCUGAUUUCAUUGUGGGAAAAGAUUGUUGCUCGGGGUUAAAAGAGCUAGGGUCUUUGUCGCAUCUUCGAGGAACACUCUGCAUUUCAAAAUUGGAGAACGUGAUUGAGCCAGAGGAUGCAAGAGACAUGAAUUUAAGUGGUAAGCCCAAGCUUGAUGGGUUGUCAUUGGGAUGGAGUAAAGAUAUUGAUGACUCAGAAGACAGAACAAGUGAGAAAGAGUUUCUUAACAUGCUACAGCCUCACAACGUUUUGAAAGAACUCACUAUUAGGUGUUAUGGGGGUACAGAAUUUCCGACCUGGUUAAACCGUACUUCGCUUCCUAAUCUGGUGUUCUUGACUAUUGAAAAUUGUAAAAAGUGCACUUCAUUGCCACCAUUGGGGAAACUUCCAUCACUCAGAGUCCUUUCGAUCAAGGGGAUGCCUAGCGUGAAGAGUAUUGGUCCUGAAAUUUGUGGGGAUGGUUCGUCACAACCUUUUAGAUCCUUGGAGACUCUGAAUUUCGAGAAUAUGGUGGAGUGGGAGAACUGGAGUCCUUGUGAAGCAUUCUCAAACUUACGUGAGCUCUCUAUUAAAAAUUGUCCCAAGCUGUUUGGAAAUUUACCAAACCACCUUCCUUCACUUGAAAAUGUUGAGAUUGAUAGAUGUUGGAAUUUAGUGGUAUCAGUUUCGAGCUUUCCAGAUCGAUGCAAAAUAAAAUUUGAGAGAUCAGAAGGGGUGGUGUGCGGAAGAGAAAUUGAUUUUAGCUCGCUAAAAUUUGAGGAUAUUUCAACAAUUUCAGUAUUUGAGUCUCGAAUGAAAGCGUUAAUUACAAUGGGUGUGCUGGCAAAUGUACAAGAAUUAAAGGUUAAUGGAUGCACGGAACUGACGCAUUUGUGGUCAACUGCGGUGGGAUCAUUUCCGCAUCUCCCACGUCUUCGUGAUCUGUGGGUUUCUGAUUGUCCAAAACUAGUUUCGUUGGUAGCUAAAGGCCAGCUGCCUCCAAGUCUAAAGGAACUAAAUAUAGAUGAUUGCGAAAGUAUUCAGAUUUUGGUAGAGGAGGAUGACACCAACAGUUAUGGCAGUAGCGGUGACAAUAGCGCAUCUCUUCUUCAGGAUUUGAACAUUUCCCGGUGUCCCUCCCUCAAAUCCCUAAUAUCAAGCGGUGAAUUACCUGCAGCACUUCAAUCAUUACGGAUUUCUUCAUGUCCAGAGCUAGAGUCAAUAGCUAAGGAAUUACAUCAUAAUUCAUUGCUUAAAUCCAUUUGCAUUUUUAGCUGUGGAAAACUCAAAUCCUUACCCACUGGCAUACACAGUCUCGGCCAUCUUAGCAAUAUUAUGAUUGAAGAUACUCCGAGUCUCGAUUUCUUACCGGACGGUGAGUUGCUGCCUGCGAACCUAACAAGGCUUCAGCUUACCAAUUGCGAGAAAAUGCAAGCCGUGGUCAAUCGCAUACACACCUGCACCUCUCUUCAAUAUUUGAGAAUGUUGAAAUGUCCAAGCACAUCCUUUCCAGUAGAAGGUUUUCCCACCAACCUAACUGGGCUUUCGAUAUAUGAUAGCAAUAUCGCUCAGGGCAUGUUUGAGUGGGGGCUGGACAAGAUUAGCUCUCUCAAAACUCUUCAAAUUUGCGAUGGAUCUUCGCACCUGGUGUCCUUUCCAGAGAUGAAGUUGCCUACUUCUCUAACCCACUUGGCCAUCGAUAACUUUCCGAAUCUGGAAUACUUGUCUCCCAAGGGCUUUCGAAACCUCACAUCACUUGAAUUCCUGUGUAUCUUAAAUUGCAAAAAACUCGCGUCCUUUCCAAAGAAGAGCCUACCUCCCUCACUCCGAGAACUUAACAUUGUUAAUUGUGAAAAGUUCACAUCAUUUUCAACGGACUGUCUGCCUCUCUCACUUCGGAAUCUUAAUAUCUACGAAUGUCCUCGGUUGGAAGAAUGGUGCAAGAAAGAUGGAGGACGGAAGGGGUCUACGAUUGCCCACAUCCCUCACAUUUCAUUUAGUGGUUUUACGUCGCUAGUAUAACCAUUUCAUUUGUAUUUCUAGCUACUUAAUUAAUACUUGAUUGCUAAUUAGAGUAUCAGUUUCACAUUUCUGCGUACAUUUGAAAAUUCCGGUGCGGAUGGUGGAUUAGUUAUUACUGACAAUUUUGUGUGAAGCGUUCGUUGAAAUU